UGACGGUCCCCGCAGGAGGGAGCGAGAGGGCGGGUGGGAAGCCCGCCCUGGCCGGCGGGGCCGGUCGUGGCCGCGGUGCUAACGGGAGAGAGGAAUAGAAGCUGUCAAAAUGAGCAGGAAGCCUCCAAAUCGCCCUGGGAUCACAUUUGAGAUCGGUGCUCGUUUGGAAGCCCUGGAUUAUCUACAAAAAUGGUAUCCCUCGCGCAUCGAGAAGAUAGACUAUGAAGAGGGGAAGAUGCUUGUCCACUUUGAACGCUGGAGCCAUCGCUACGACGAGUGGAUUUAUUGGGACAGCAAUCGCCUGCGGCCUCUGGAGAGGCCCUCCCUGAGGAAAGAAGGUCUCAAGGACGACGACGAAUUCAUUGAUUUCAAACCCGGAGAAGAGGUGCUAGCUCGUUGGACAGAUUGUCGAUACUAUCCUGCGAAGAUCGAAGCGAUUAACAAGGAAGGAACCUUCACUGUACAGUUUUAUGACGGAGUGAUUCGGUGUCUUAAAAGGAUGCAUAUCAAAUCUAUGCCAGAAGAUGCCAAAGGGCAGGCGCGCGAAUGGGAGCAGAUAGCACCGGAGCUGAGCUUAGUGACGGAUAACGAGCGGCAUGAAGACUGGAUAGCUUUGGUCAAAGCUGCAGCAGUGGCGGCAGCCAAAAACAAAGCCGGAGGGAAGCCGCGGACCAGCGUGAACAGCAAUAAAGACAAAGAGGAGAGAAAGUGGUUUAAGAUACCUUCCAAGAAGGAUGAAUCAUCCACCUCCACAAUUGUCCAGGAAGUCCAGAAGAAGGAAGAGCAGCCUACAUCCAGUGAGACAUUUGGAUUCCCUCUAGUGGACGUCCCAAAGAUUGCCUUUGUGCAGGCUGAGAAUGCAUUAGCGCACAAGAGGAAAAAUAACCUCGGCAACUCGUUUCAGGCAAAGAGGGCUCGUCUCAAUAAAAUCACUGGCUUGCUGGCAUCCAAAGCUGUCGGCGCUGAUGGUGCUGAAAAAAAGGAAGGCAACAAAGAAGCAGCUCCAGACUUGGAGCAGGAGAUAUCACCUAAGCCUCAAAGUCAGAAAAAAAAUGAAGCUGAUAUUAGCAGUUCUGCCAACACUCAGAAAUCGGCACUGUUGCCCUCAACCUUGUCUCCAGGGAAGGCUCGCAGGAAGAAAUGCAAACAAGAAUCUGGCGAUUCUGCAGGGUGUAUAAAGCCCCUUAAGUCACCAAUUCCCCCCGAGUUAAUACAAGUGGAAGAUUUGACCCUGGUCUCCCAGCUUCCUCCUUCCGUGAUAAAUAAAACUAUUGCCAAUGUGGCUCACGUCUCACUUGAGAAUCGCGGACUGUGCCUCCCUCUUGACUUGAGCCGUAACCUGGACAUUUCAGCGUUGCUAGCUGCAGAAUCCGCUUUCUAUAGUGAACACCCUGGUAAAGAGAAGGAAGAUAAUCGUUUGGCGUUAUGUCAUCCUUCCAAAGCCGGGGCUGAUGGAGGAAUAGUUCCAGCGGUAUCAGGGACACCAAAAAUGGAGAAGAAAGCAAAACUGGAGGAGAGAUGCUCGUCGAUGCUUGGUAAAAGGAAAGAGAAGGAUAAAGAAAGAAAAGAGCGGAAGGAGAAGGAUCACAAGUCGAAACAAAAGAAGAAGAAGAAGAAAAAGAAGAAAACGAAACAGCACGACUAUUCUGAUUUCGAAGACAGCUCUCUCGAGUACCUGGACCGGUGCUCCUCUCCUCUCACCAGGUCCUCCGGGAGCUCUCUAACCCUACGAAGCACGAUGACGGAGAAGAAUACUUCCUACCAGUUCCCAAGGGCUAUUCUGUCUGUCGACCUUAGCGGUGAAAACCUCUCAGACAUGGAGUUUUUGGAUGACUCUUCUACCGAGAGCUUGCUGCUGAGCGGCGACGAGUACAAUCAGGACUUCGAUUCCACCAAUUUUGAAGAAUCUCAGGACGAAGAGGACACCCUUAACGAAAUUGUCCGGUGUAUCUGCGAAAUGGAUGAGGAAAACGGCUUCAUGAUUCAGUGUGAAGAGUGCCUGUGUUGGCAGCACAGUAUAUGCAUGGGGCUGUUGGAAGACAGCAUUCCGGAGCAGUACAUCUGCUACGUUUGCAGGGACCCACCUGGUCAGAGAUGGAGUGCCAAGUAUCUCUACGAUAAAGACUGGUUGAACAACGGCCACAUGUGCGGCCUCUCGUUUUUGAAAGAGAACUACUCUCACUUAAAUGCCAAAAAGAUAGUGUCAACGCACCACCUCCUGGCUGACGUGUACAGUGUUACGGAAGUACUCCGAGGACUGCAGCUGAAGAUUGGGAUUCUCAAGAAUAAACAUCACCCUGACCUUCAUCUAUGCGCUUGCACAGGUGUGCGAAAAGAGCAAGACCAAAAAACUCUCGGAUUGGAAAGAAGGGUAUUGGCUGUGCCAAAUACUGUUAACUUCCCUGAAAGGACAGGUCGUGGCCAAAACCACAAAGAGCCCCCUAGUUUGCCCCCAAAGAUGGAGGAAACGUACAUUACGAGUGAGCAUAGUUACCAGAAGCCGCAGAGCUUUGUUCCGGACUGCAAGCUGAUGAACAAUCCCAUGAGCUCAGACGAGGACGACAUCAGCAGCUUCGAGGACGACCAGGAACAUCUCUUAGAGGAUAAAAACUGUUUCCAAUAUGCGUCGAAAGAAGAUGGUUUCGGUUAUCAGAGGCGGUCAGCCGAAGGGAACACCGUGUUCAUCUUCAACGAGAAAAGAGGAGCGGAGGAACACGUGGACACUCGUCUCCAGUGGCAGCUGAACCUCCUCACCCACAUAGAGAAUGUACAGAACGAAGUCAGCAGCAGGAUGGACCUGAUUGAGAAGGAAGUAGACGUCUUGGAAAGCUGGCUAGACUUCACUGGAGAAUUGGAGCCCCCAGACCCCCUGGCCCGACUGCCACAGCUCAAACGGCGGAUCAAGCAGCUCAUCUCUGACAUGGGGAAAGUCCAGCAAAUAGCGACUCUUUGCUCCGUAUGACAAAUGGAAGACUGGUGGAAUAUUUAAAGACAAAAAAUUUAAUAGGCACUUGGAAGGAAUUUUUCUCUCUCACAAUCUGCAAAACGUACGGAAGGGGCGAUCAGAAAACAAAAACAAGCUAGGGGGGCACUGUUCUUUGGCCUGUGCUGGCUCUCUCUCAUCCUGAAGAUCUCAGGGAAGGAAGAAACCUGCGAGUAAAAUUAAGGGUCAAGGUAACAGUCUGUGCAAAUGCAGAGAAACCGUUCCUUAUCCGGAGGCACUCUGGCGUUGAAAUCUGCGUGAAGAUGUUAUUUUUUUAACGUUUUCAUGGGUAACGGCAGGACCUCCCUUUCCCCAAAUGCCAAAUUGGGGAAGUUUCACCCAAUAAAGCCUGGCUACAUCGGAAGGAGUGGUUUUGCAAAGUUUUCUUCCGGUAUUGAUCAGAGAUUUGUAGCCUGCAGCGUCUUGAAGGAUGGAAAAUCCAAAGACCCUCCGCUUGUCUGGAUAUUAAGCAGGAAGAGGUGGGGGGAGGAGUUUGAGAAGAGCGAGACUGGUUUUGUGGUGGUCUCUUUACGAACGUUAUUAUUAUUAUUAUUAUUUUAAGCAAAGUUCUCCCUGCUAGGACCUUUUAGAGGCAAAGGCGGGGGGUGGGGGAGGGUAAGGGGUCAGAAGUGCCAAAUAAAUGCUUUCAAAACCCAUCAGAACAAGAGUGCGAAUUGUUCAGGGGAGAAUGUUCCCCUCUCCUCCUCUUCCCCGGCCCCUGCCCAAGUUCUCCAUAGAGCCAGCGAAGCCAUCUGGGGUCUCACCUAGUGGACAUCCACGUUCGCCAUAACUGCAGUAUUCCAGACCCGCGGUCCGCUUUCAAACCCCUUUUUGUCCCAGCCGCUCCUUUUCACGUUGGCUACUUUGAACGCCGUCCUCCUCAGCUGGAAUGAGGACCGACGAGCGUCAAAGCGCCGGCGACCGGCUCUGAAACGGGGCUGCUUCUCGCGUUCUCGGUUCUUUUCCCGGGGAAGGGAACCCAUAUAGAAAUACACAAAUUGCAACAUGUACACACCAAGAUGGCUUAGCGGUACCCCUGCCUUCAUCCUGAUAAACCUGCCCCCGCGUAACCUGCAGCGAAAUAUCCCGCAAGGAGCACUUGCUGGGAAUCAGAAUCGCGUCCGUCAACUGAGGAUGGCUAUGGGGAGGAUUCUGUUACCCGUUAAGAGCAUCGACUUAGGACAUGGAAAACGAGCUUUCUAAAACCAAAGCCAACCUAUGUGCUGUUUUAAAAGUGACACUGGGCCCAAGAACUUCAGACCGUUCAUUUUACCUUUUGCUCACCUGCAUUUUGUCACUACACUCAGUGCUUACGAUAUACACAUUGGGGAUUAUGUACAUGUGUGUGUGUGUAUGUAUAUAUAUAUAUAUACAUGCACACACCCAUAUGCAUAUUGCAUUCUAGAGACGUAUUUAUAUUGACCUGUCUAGCUUUAUUACCAUAGGCUUAAGACUUCGGUGACGCGCUAUUUAAAAAAAAAAAAAGGGUCGCCUUUUAACGAGCAGUUUCUAUUAAAAAGAAAAUGGAAAUAAUGUAUGUACAGGUUUUGAAAUUUGUAAAAGCAAUUACAUUUUUUUUUUAAAAAAACCCCCAACGUAUUGACUGUUCGGAAGAGCCUGCGCGGCUGAGAACGGCUCCAUUCUCGAACCCCUUUCCGCCUCCCCGAUCGUUUCGGCGCUGGUGAUGUAUAUUAAAAAAACACACACACACAAAAAACACCUAUCUAUGAGAGAGCUGCUCUGUAAGCAGUAAACUUGAAGCUUCCCUUGGGGUGAAAGACCUACAAGCCCCUUGUACAUUACAAAGGUAUUUAAAUUUGCAGAUACACUGUUCUAUAUGUAAGGUACUGUAUGUAAAGCUGUUUAUUAAACUAUUCUGCAUACUCUG